AUGGAAGAUAAAAGGAAUAGGAGUGCCAAUUUGACGGAGGAAGAAAAAAUUAAAUUGCUUGCAUUAUUGCAAAAAUAUAAUGACAUUUUGUGCAAAAAGACUGAUUUUGUUUUCAACAAAAAAAAGGAUAUUGCUUGGAUGAAAUUGGAGCAGAAUUUUAAUUCCAAUAAUCAAUUUAAGAGGAAUGUAACUAGUUUGAAAAAAAUAUGGAAUAAAUUAAAAUACGAGGCCAAGACAUUUAAGAGCAAAAUAAAAAUAAGUGUAAUGGGUACAGGAGGUGGGCCAAGUACCCAUAAAGAAAAUAAUAUUUUGGAGGAGGUUUUGUUUUUAAUUGGAAGGGCAGGUGUAGGAAUAGCAAAUAUACCUGAUUGCGACUUUGAGCCGGAUUCUAAUAUAGUUAUAGAAAUGGAUCAAAAUAUGACAGAAAUAUUUGCACCGAUAGAAGUGGAAAAUAAAGAAAAUGAGGCAAAGGAAAAGUUACCAAUUCCUCAGGUGUUUGAAGAGACAGGAGAAACAGCUGAAUUUGUCGUCAAGCAAAUACCUCCAGUUUCAGUUGAAAGUAGAACUGAUAUAAUGCCUACUCCUUCUUCAAGGAGAAGACCGAUCUAUGUUAAAACACCGAAAGACCAAUUAAUACAUCAGAAAAUUGAGAGUAAAAAAUUAAAACAGAAUGCAUUGAAACAAGAAAUUAAUCAUGGCAUAGAAAAGCGUCAAGAAGAAAGAGAGCUAUUGGAAAUAGAAAAAAGAAAAGGAGAACAAAUUGUGAAAAUAAGAAAUAUUAUUCUUCAAAAAUUAGAAAGCAAAGAAGAUGUUGACCCAGCUUUAAUUGAAUCCAUUUUCAAGAAUUGGAAAUAUUUUUAUUUUGAAUUAUUUUUAUAUAAGUAUUUUUUAUAA